GCGGUGAAACAUUCCGGUUUAGUUUACACUAACCUCGGGCAAAGAACAACGUCGCCUCGUGUGGCAUCCGAGAAUAUCUCCCGAUAUUGGCGCUGCCAGGCAGUUUUGCGUGCGAUGAACAUGCAGUCUUUACAACCUUCGUUCACAAGCCACAUAAAGAAAGUCUCUAGGCAUGUCUUCUCUCUAGCUGUAAACAUUUGUGUGUGUAAGCGCGAAACGUUGGACAGCGAGACAGGAACACAAAUACAUAUUCAUCGUACUUUCUAUGCCAUUUUGCAACAGGCCGAAAUUCAGUCAGACGUCGAUGGAACUUCAUGCAUUCCCCUAAGGCCAGGCUGAAUGAGCCAUAAGAAAGGUUACCUUGGCUGCAGUGCGGAUCGUUUGGAAGAGCUGCUGAGGCGUGACUAUCGUCUUCCCAGCAGCAUUGCGCGGCUUUUAGACGAGUGGCCGGCGCUAGCGUCUUUUCUCGGCACUCGCCUUCUGCAAGGUCUGUCUUCCCUUUCAUUUCUCCUAACUUACUACACCGCUUUAUUAACAUGCGCUUUCUUUCAGAGCAUCCAAAUAACAAUACUGUACCAUUGCAAGGAGAUUCAAGAAUCGGCCUGGCCUAACCUGACGCUUUGGUUUAACAUCGCUACAUUUAGUUGGACACGCUUGCAUGCUCGAAGGUUCGUCGCGUGCAGCUGUCUCGCUUGAAUCUGCCGGAAAGUUGCUCCACGCUGCAAGAUGUCAUGGAAGCGCCUGACCAGGUGACCCUACAGAGCCUGAGCCAGGCGCAAGCGUUGAGCAGCCUGUACGGCUUCCUGGUGAGCCACGCGGCGUACGCCUUCUUCGUGAGCGAGCAGGCCGAGAAGUACGCGAACAGUUCGUGCGCUAGUCCCAACGAGCACACACUGGCCGAGAACAGCCGCACGCUGGCCGCCCAGCUGCGCGACUUGCUGUGCACCAUCAAGCUGACGGCGAGCGUCCACGGCGGGAACGUCGAGUUCAGCGCCUCCGAGGAGCGCGUGGCGUCGCUGCGUGUCUGCGACGAGAGCACGUGCAGCAGGAGGCUGCUCAGGGACUGCCAGGUACGCGCUCUCCUCGCGCGGUCACAGAGCUCUGUUACGGAGACCGCCUGAUUGCACGCCAAGACGCGCAUUCGGGAUAAGUAGCUGCCAUAUCUAUACCAGUACCGAUAUAGAGCACUGGUAUAUCUAACUAACAUUAGCGAAGCUGCUGAAAAAAAAAAGAACACCAUGCCAGAAAUGAUUAUAAGGCCUACGUUGUACGGUCUUCAACGAACGUAUAUUGUAGGUCAUAAGAUCGUAUCUUGGACCGUGCUAUUUAAAUAAUUUUGUUUUGAACAGCUUGGCUAACGUUAGCUGAGGCACCCUAUAGAUAAGUCAACUUUAAUCAUGUGGGUGGCUCAGUGGCCUAAAUACGAAAUCUGGUUAGUGGUGAGAGUCAUAAAGAGAGAGAAAGAAAGCAAAGAGAGGAGAAGUAGGGAGGACAAGACAGGCGUUCGGUUUGCUAUCCUACGCUGGGAGUAAGGGAAAGCGGAAUAGGGAAAAAAAAACAGGGACUAUCUCCCUCAGAUUUAUAGCAAAGUGGUCCAAGGAAUAAUAUUAAUGAAGUAAAACAACUUGUGCUUGAGUCAUAUCUUGAGUGAUAUAUGA